AUGUUUGCUACUAGGAGCGAAUAUGAUCGGGGCGUCAAUACAUUUUCGCCAGAAGGCCGUUUAUUCCAAGUGGAAUAUGCCCUAGGGGCUAUAAAGUUUGGCAGUACAGCCAUAGGCAUAACCACAAAAGAAGGGGUAAUUUUUGCCUCUGAGCACCGAGCUUCCUCACCCUUACUAGUCCUAACUUCGGUGGAAAAGAUACUGGAAAUUGACUCUCAUAUUGCCUGUACCAUGAGCGGUCUAAUAGCGGAUGCAAGAACUUUGGUUAAUCAUGGCAGAACUGAAUGUGCAAAUCAUAGAUUUGUGUACAAUGAGCCUAUGCCUAUUCAAUCGUGCGUGGAAUCUAUGUCAGAAUUAGCGUUGGAGUUUUCACUUGUAAUUGAAACUAAGAAAAAGAAGACUAUGAGUAGACCUUUUGGUGUGGCUCUAUUGGUGGGUGGAAUUGAUGAUUUCGGGCCAAAUCUUUGGUGCACCGAUCCUUCAGGCACUAAUACUAAAUUUAAGGCAGCGGCCAUAGGUGCAGCUCAGGAAGGGGCAGAAGCUAUGCUGCAAGAAAAGUAUAGUCCAGAUAUGUCGUUCGAAGAUGCAGAGAAGUUGAUAGUUGAGAUAUUAAGGCAUGUGAUGGAGGAGAAGAUAACAAAAAACAACGUGGAAAUGGCGUGCAUAAAAGUCACAGAUAAGAAAGUUCAUUUCUAUAAGGCUGAUGAGAUUGAAAAUAUUAUUGCUAGUUUGCCUCCACCUGAAUUUCCAUCCGUUCAAGAUUUGAGGUCCUGA